CCAUGGUGCGGAGCGCGAUCUAGGGCGGGGCAAGUGGGAGGAGUGAAAGUUAGAGACCAACAAAACCCUUCACAUCUCUCCUUAGCAGCCAGAUCUGUGCUGCGACCUCAACACAGGUGGUCGUGCCAGGUACCGCCGAGAUGUUACCCAAAGUUCUCCUGAUGCUCCUCAACAUAUUCCUGGCCCUCCAAUGGAGGGUUGGACCUCACAUUAAACUGGAGAACAAACCCCCUGCCCAAGAUAAUGUAGUCUUUGGCCCUCAGCCUCAGCCUGUGUCUAAACCUGUACUUCAGCCUGAAUCCCCUGCCUAUGAUGAUGUAGUCUUCAGCCCUCAGCCACAGCCACACCCCAAAUCCCCUGGCCAUGAUGAUGAUGUAGUCUUUAGCUCCCAGCCACAGCCUCUGCCUCAGCCCCAGCCAGAGCCAGAGCCCCAGCCUCAGCCCCAGCCCCAGCCCCAGCCCCAGCCCCAGCCCCAGCCCCAGCCCCAGCCCCAGCCCCAGCCUCAGCCCCAACCUCAGCCUCAGCCCCUGGCUGGGCACCAGCCUCUGCCCUAUCCCCUGCCUUGGCCAGUGCCUCAGCCCCAGCCUGAUCCAGAACCCCAGCCCCAGCCCCAGCCUGAACCCCAGCCUGAGCCCCAGCCUGAGCCCCAGCCUGAGCCUGAGCCCCAACCUCAGCCUCAGCCCCAUCCUCAGCCUCAGCCCCUGACUGGGCACCAGCCUCUGCCCCAUCCCCUGCCUUGGCCCCUGCCCCUGCCCCUGCCUGAGCCCCAGCCUGAGCCCCAGCCUGAGCCCCAGCCUCAGCCUGAGCCCCAACCUCAGCCUCAGCCCCAGCCUCAGCCUCAGCCCCUGAUUGGGCGCCAGCCUUUGCCCCAUCCCCUGCCUUGGCCCAUGCCCCUGCCUCUGCCUGAGCCCCAGCCUCAGCCCCAGCCUCACCCUGAGCCCCAGCCUCAGCCCCAGCCUCAGCCCCAGCCCCAGCCUUACCCUGAGCCCCAGCCUCAGCCCCAACCUCAAACCCAGAUCCCAGUCCAGAUCCAGGCUGGGCGCCAACCCCGACCCAGGCCCCAGCCUGAGCCCCAGCCCCAACCUCAACCAGAGCCCCAGCCCCAGCCUGAGCCUCAGCCUGCGCCCCAGCCCCAGCCCCAGCCUGAGCCUCAGCCUGCGCCCCAGCCCCAGCCCCAGCCUGAGCCUGAGCCGCAGCCUGCGCCCCAGCCCCAGCCCCAGCCUGAGCCUGAGCCGCAGCCGGAGCCCCAGCCUGAGCCGCAGCCAGAGCCCGAGCUGCAACCCCAUCCUGAGUCAGAAACCCAGCCCCAACAGAAGCCUCAGCCUGGUGGAAAGAAGCUUAGAGAAAAAGAAACAGAACUCAUUGUUGAUUGCACGACUGAGCACUCACAAGAGAACCUGACAAGAGCUUCUCGAAUCCUUAGCACCAUCCUGAGUGACUAUGACCAUAAACUGCGCCCUGGCGUUGGAGAAAAGCCCACUAUGGUCACUGUUGAAGUCUUUGUCAACAGCCUCGGGCCUAUUUCCACCCUGGACAUGGAAUAUUCCAUUGACAUCAUCUUCUACCAGACCUGGUAUGAUGAGCGUCUUCGUUACAAUGACACCUUUGAGACCCUUGUUCUACAUGGCAAUGUGGUGAGCCAGUUGUGGAUCCCAGAUACCUUUUUUAGGAAUUCUAAGAGGACUCAUGAAUAUGAUAUCACCAUACCCAACCAGAUGGCUCUCAUCCACAAGGAUGGAAAGGUGUUGUACUCAGUUAGGAUGACCAUUGAUGCAAGAUGUUCACUCCACAUGCUCAAAUUUCCAAUGGAUUCUCACUCUUGUCCUCUGUCUUUCUCUAGCUUUUCCUAUGAUGCACAUGAGAUGAUCUACAAGUUGGAGAAUUUCAAGCUCAAAAUCAAUGAGAAGAACACUUGGAAGCUAUUCGAGUUUGAUUUUAUAGGAGUGACCAACAAAACAGAAAUCAUCUCAACCCCAGUUGGUAACUUCAUGGUCAUGACUUUAUUCUUCAAUGUGAGCAGACGGUUUGGCUUCAUUGUCUUUCAAAACUAUAUCCCUUCUUCUGUGACUACAAUGCUCUCCUGGGUCUCCUUCUGGAUCAAGAUAGAGGCAGCUGCAGCCAGGGCCUCUGUAGCUUUGGACUACUAUAUUGCCAUUUGUUUCGUCUUGUGCUUCUGUGCUCUACUAGAGUUUGCUGUGCUCAACUUCCUGACCUACAAUGAGACAAAACAACAGGCUUCUCCAAAGCUCUGCCAUCUUCCAACCAGUAGCUGUGCUAAUACACGUACUCGUGCUCGUGCCCGCGCCCGUGCCCUCCAGCAGCAGGAAGUGUUUGUGUGUGAGAUCGUCACCUAUGAGAGGAAUGCUGAAGAGGAGCAUCAAUAUUGCCCAGUCCAGCAGUCUUCAAGCUUCAGAAGACCCCAGUGUCUCCGGAGGCGAUGUGGCAGAAGCUAUGUGUGCUUUAAGGUUCUCAGAAAGUAUUUCUGCAUGGCUCCUGGUUGUGGGGGCAGUACCUGGCAGCAGGGCCGCCUCUGCAUCCGUAUUUACCGCCUGAAUAACUACUCUCGGGUGCUUUUCCCCAUUACAUUCUUCUUCUUCAAUGUGCUCUACUGGCUGAUUUACCUUAACCUGUAGGCUCCAGCUGGUAGCUCAUGGGGCAGCCUCCCAGUUCCCCAGGAGGUGCCAAGCCCCUUUGCCAAGGGAGUUAGGAGACAACAGCAACAGCAGCAGGAGUGCCUAGAGGGAGUUUUUUCUUCCCUGGUUCUCAGUACAAGCCUGUGGAGAGUUUGUCUCUGCUGGCCCUCUUUCCAUUAGCCCUUUCACUCAAUUUUCUCAACAGCCCUUCUCAAGUGACAGACCACCUCUCUAUUCUUCAAAGAGCAUUCAUGAUGUUCAGUGUGCCCACAUUUGAGCAGAUAAGAUAUCUCUCAAUGAUGUUUACAGCUACAGUCUUUCCCCAGAAGCCCAUGGUUCCCUUUGUGGUGCUAAGGGGCAUAGCUCAGGCUCAGCCCCAGAAUGCACAGAGCGACAGUUUAGCAGAAGGAGGGUCCUCAUCCAUAAGUCUUCAAGUCAGACCAUUAGAUUCUUGUUUUUUUUCCUGACCUCCCUUCCUCUACACACACACACACACACACACACACACACACACACACACACACACACACACACACAAAAUCUUUUUAGGAAGUGAGGAGCUGGCAAGUGGGUCUGUUUGGGAAAGUAACCCCUCUCUGCUGCUGUGCCAUCUCCUUUUCCCCACCUGCCUCCAUCGCAGUACCAAUUCAGUUCCCUUCAUCCAAUGGAUAUGUAUUCGUGUGUGCAAUGUUUGUAAUUUUCCCUGCUUUGUAUGCCUCCUUCUUCUUCCUCUUUGACCCUUGUGAUUUGUUCUGUAACAUCCCCAGUGACUUUCCCAGCCCUGAUCCAGGUGCUAGGCUUUGUGACUCCCUGGGGCCAAGAAACUGAGAACACUCUGGCAGCAGCCAUUACCUGCUACUGACUGGUGCUCACCUCAGGCACAGUCUAAAUGUUUGACUGCUUUCUUGGCCUCUGGACCUAUAAGCCAGUCCACUGCCAUCCCUGGGGCACUUACAAUAUCACAAUCAAUUGAAUUCCCUUAAAUUUAUACAGAAUUUUCCCUUUGGCAAAGUACCUUUGACAAAUCAUUUCUAUUUGGAGUCUUCUUAUAGCCCUAUGACAUCUUUGGGCAUAGUUUGUUCUCCAUUAUGCAGAUGGCAACUUUAAGGUACAGAUUUCUAUAGGACUGUGGAUCUUGCUGGAAGCCAAUCUGGAGUCCCCUAGUCACAUGCUAAAGCACAUGACAGGGCUAGGUAGCUCUGAUCACCAUGACCCAGUUCUGUUUCCCUUGCUGUCACCGCAGUGGCAGGGCAUAGAGUAGUGACAGCCUCCCCGCCCAAGAUGGGCCUGCUCCCUAACUAGGCCUGAAGUACUCAGACUGCUCCACAGGUUGAACUUUUGCCUCUAGUAACCAGUGAGAUGAAUUUGUACAUGCCCCAAUGCUUGUAUAUGCUGAACAGAAUCUGUGUCUGUACUUUAUGGAGAUGGGUGGGAUUGGGAAAUCCAUCUGCUUUUAGUCACCAUCAUCUGUAAAGGGAAAAUAUAUGAAUAAAGGU